GUUAAAGAGGAGUACUCUAUGCAGCGGCAGGGUCGCUGUACAUUCUUACAUGUAUGAAAGUGGCUGGUGAGAGAGACGUGCGGCACUGGUCUACCUGAAGGAGGAGAGACAGAUACACUCUUCAGAGACUCUUUCACUGGCCACUGGUUUCAUUUUGCUCUUGCUCUUAUUCUCGCAGCUCUUUUGGGGUCAACGUCGCUCUGAUCUCUCAGCUGAGGAGUUUUAUUCUCUGUUCAGAAGUUAAAGAAGGAUUUUAGCAGUAUUUCCAUCGUUCUUUGAGACUUCCCACCCACUUGGUGCGGACCCCAGGUUGACGUGACCCUCUCCGACUUCCGGAUAUCCCGUGUGCCUCCUCCAAUUCGGCUGCUGCAGAGAUGACCCGGGGCCAAGAGGAUCCAAAGGAACAGCAUCCGCAUGUGUAUGUGGUGGACAGCCAGGCACGCUACCUCCCCACGAUGAUGCCACCCCUUCCCUCCAGGCAGAGCCGGACGGGCCGGAUGAUGCUGUACCUGCUGCUGCUUGUGGCUCUGUGUGGCAUUGCAGUGGAGGGCUACUUCAUCUAUCGUCUGUACGACACCAGGGCGGCGACAGACACCACGACCAUAGAGAAGAGCCAGCAAGACGAGAGAGACGCAACCUCCCGUAAAUACCGGACUGAAGUUAAACCUCCGAAGCCGUCUGCACACCUGACAGCCAGCACACACCUACCCCGGGAAGAUGGACUCAUGAUGUGGACCACCGUCGGGGGAGAUGCCUUCACCUACGAGAUGGACUACACCGAGGGGAAGCUCUUUGUCAAGACGGAGGGCUUCUACUUCAUCUACUCCAAGGUGUUCUUCUCUGAGCCCAGCCCAGCAGCCUUCACCCACACGGUCCUGAGGAUCAGCCCACGCAGCCCCAAUAAAGAAAUGGAGCUGAUGCGCACUUUCCGAUUUCAUGAGAGGGGUGACAGGAGGGGGGGCAUGCUGAACAGCUACCUAGGGGGGGCGUACCUUCUGCAUGAGGGUGAUGCCAUUUUUGUAAAGGUGCAGAAUCAUACAAAGCUAUUGAGGCAGACCUCUGCGGAUAACUUCUUUGGUGCAUACAUGUUGUAGAUGAUUAUGCAGUGUGUGUGUGUGUGUGUGUGUGCCUGUUUGUGUGUCCAUUUGUGUGUGUGUGCCUGUUUGUGUGUCCGUUUGUGUGUGUGUGUGUGUGGGUGUGUGCCUGUUUGUGUGUCCGUGUGUGUG